AUGCGCGCAUUCGCAUUCACAUUCACUCUCGCACUGUCUCCGUUCCUGCUCGCAGCGUUCGCCGGUGUGGUCCAUGCCCAUGAUGGGAGCGAGAGCGAGAGCAACACCAACAUCAUCUACGACACACCAGUUCUGACUCCGACCCCGGAGCACCACGGGUCCGAGGACGAGCACGAGCACGCAGGCCUUCAUAAACGAUCACCUCCCGCCGGGGUCUAUGUCUGCGACCAGACGAACUGGCAGGGAAGUUGUGCCUGGAUCAAACUCACUGAUGGGGCUUGCAUGGAUUUCCUCUGGGAUGCAGGCACCUCGGUCGGCCCCCCCCAAGGCUGGCAAUGUAAAUUCUACUACGGCGGCAAAUGCAGCGGACAGAUGACGGACGGCAAACUCACGUUCCCGGGCACGCCCAAUCUCGGGGCAACGUACAGCAACCGCUUGAAGCCGGCGUCGUACAAGUGUCGACCGUGCCCUGACGGGACCCCUUGGUGA